AUGGCACGUGGAGGCGGCGGCGGCAUUCGCAAGCGGGGCCCUACUCGCACCGACCGAGACCGAGACCGAGAUGGCGACAUGGAUAUGGACCAAACUGGCGCACGCGGUGGCAAGCAAAACCGAGGCACCAACGCACGAUCCCGUGGACGUGGAGGUCGCGCUCCUCCUCGCGCUCCUACAGGAGGCCGACCGCAGAUUCGCGACCUCGCCAUGAUUGAGCGGGCCAUCAGCAUGAAGGAAUCUCAAGUCAACCUCCGAACCGGAAAGAACACUGCCAACCCACUGGAAGAAAUCAGUAUUAGCGGUUGGAAGGAAAGCACAGCUGCAAAGAAUCGCGACGGCGGUGUUUCCAACCUUGUCUCAUUUAUCGAACGAAAGAUGAUCGCGAACGCCAGAUCUGGGACCCGCCCUAAAGUCACCAAGUCACGGGUUGAAGGAGAUACCCUUGUUGUAUCAGUACGACCGGAGUGGGCGAGCUAUGUGACUAAUCUCAAUGGAGCCCAGUUUGCUGGAACUAUCAUAACUGUGGAACCCUACGAUUCUUCCUCGAACGUAGCCCUGACCCGUGAGCUUGGAGUGACCGGCGAACUAUCUGCCGCAACUGAAGACACAAAGACUAAAUUGUCUGCCAUCCUCUCCAAACGUUACUACUCCGAUACCAAACUGCUCAAUCUUUCGAGCCUCGCCGCUGACCCUGACCUUCUGGCCAUGGGCAUUUUCAACAGCAUUACUACACAGUCCAAGUUCUUCCCCGCUUUGAUGAAGGUGUGGUCACAGGGAUUCGAAGAUCCUACUGCUCGACGCGAAGCAGUUGUGAGCGUCAGCUUGGCCGGCAAUCAACUCGAAAACCUCACAGUUGUGACUUCCUUGGCCGCAACAAUCCCCGGUCUGAAGAACCUGGAUAUGUCCAACAACAAAAUCAAAGAUUCCAGUUCAUUCAACUCUUGGCGCUGGAAAUUCCGCAAUCUUGAGUUCUUGGAUCUGACUGGUAAUCCUUGGUGCUCUGAUGAGGGCUUCAAGAACACACUGAUGAAGUGGUACCCCACUUUGCAGACCCUGAAUAACGUGCAGGUCCGCACUGCAGAGGAAAUUGCAGCUCUGAAGAAGACCCCCAUCCCUGUUCAAGUACCUUUCUUCCAAGACGAGGCUGACAUCGUCGCCAACUUCAUUGGCCCAUUCUUCAGCGGCUUUGAUAAUAACCGCACUGAACUUGUCAACCGCCUCUACGACGACCGCUCCAUUUUCUCUUUCAACAUCAACGUCGCAGCACCCAAGGCUCCCGAGGCUGAGACUCCCGCCUGGGACCCUUACAUCAAGAAGAGCCGCAAUCUUCUGAAGAUCAACCACCUGCCCGCCCAAAUGUCCCGUAGCCACACUGGCAAGGAUAAGAUUUGCGAGAUUUGGAACUCCCUCCCGCCAACCCGUCACCCUGAUAGUGCCGUCAAUGCCAACCAAUACUUGGUAGAAUGCAACCCGAUCCCUGGACUUGCCGAUCCAACUGGCCAGAGCCCAACUGGCGUCGGAGGUCUCCUCGUUAUGGUUCAUGGCAAGUUUGAGGAAAGUGUCGGAGGAAAGGUUGAGAGCCGCAGCUUUGAUCGAACCUUCGUUCUCGGCCCCGCGGUCGAUGGCAGUAUCCGAGUUAUCAACGAUGCCCUCUGCCUUCGCGCCUAUGGUGGCUCCGAUGCCUGGGUCCCGGAGACUCCACAGGCAAUCACUCAGGCUAUUGUUCCUCCUGCUAUUACUGCCGCUCCUACUGUUACUCCUUCUGCACCUAUUAUCCCGGCUGCCCCGUCUGGUCUGCCAGUCGGUUACGGCGCUCCCGCUCCUGGCAAGACUGAUGCUGAACUCCAGAAAGAGCAGCUCAUUGCCCAGCUGAGUGCGAAGUCAAACAUGACCUUGCAGUACACCGAGAUGGCACUUUCGAGCAACGGAUGGGAUCUCCAGGCUGCCUGGACCAACUUUGAAAACUUGAAGGCCCAGGGUGCUCUCCCUGCCGAUGCUUUCCGUGCUGCAGCCGAACUCUAA